AUGCAACUGCGUUGGAGCGGCCACCUGGUGCGCAUGGACGGCGAGCGGCUACCCAAACGACUCUUCUACGGAGACGUCGCCACAGGUUCUCGUCCCCAAGGAGGCCAAAUUCGCCGUUACUAGGAUACACUGAAGUCCUCCCUGAAGCGUCUGCAAAUUAACCCGACCAACUUGGAAGACCUCGCCCUCCACCUACCGACCGACUUGGAGGAGGACAGCGAAGACAGGCGCUGCGAUCUAUAAAGCCAUCCGCAUCGCCGCCGCCAAAGUGAAAAGCGAAUCACGCAAAUCACAGCUGCGCCCACUACGCAACGCAGAUCCACGACUGAUUCCAACGUGUCCUCGGUGUCAACGGACAUUCCGGACACGGAUAAGACUUAUAGGACACCUUCGGAUCAACUGCGCUUCCCGGACUGCACCAAACGUCUUUACUCCGUCCGCCUCUUCUUCGUCCUCUCCGCCGCCAACCAACUCUGACUCUUCUUCCGAACCACCACUUCCAUCCUCCUUCUCCUCCUCCUCCUCCUCCUCCUCCUCCACCGCGCCUUCCUCCUCUUCCUCAUUCCCCUCCCCAGUUUUUCCCCCUCCAUUGCCCCAACGACGACCGCUCUGGCGGCCGUCACGCACACCAGCACCACACACACAUCACCCCUGCAACCUCUCACUCCAGAUGUGA